AUGGAUGGAGGACUGGGGGACCAGGGGUUGGUGACAUGUGUCGCAGCAGCGAAGCCCGCAUGGGAGUUUCAUCAACAUCAAUCAAACGAGACGGGUUAUGCUGGAAACAACAGCCAAGUCGCCAGUGGCCGUCGACGCGGCUGCGACAAGGCCGGCAUCCCCCACGCUGCGCACGCCGCCAAGGGCAUCUGCAUCCAUCCAUGUAUGUGGACGGUCUUGACUCUUGGCAGCCCGGGUGGGAUCGUCGAGGGAAAAGUUCUCGACGGCCCCCCUCGUAGCUCGACUCGGCCGGUUUCAGGCGCAAUCGGAAGGUCGUGUGCCGCUCAGACGACGUAG